AGAUCCGAUUCGGAUGAACGACUCGUUGACGAGUCGGGCAUCGCUGCUCUUCGGUGAACAUGGCCGCUCUCAGCAAGUCCAUACCGCACACCUGCUAUGAGAUUGGACACACUUGGUGUCCGUCAUGUACAGUGUCAGUACUGCAGGUGACAGCCGGCGCCCUGGAGGUCUCCUUCAAGAUAUACGCCCCGCUUUAUCUAAUUGCCGCCAUCCUAAGGAGGAAGAAAAAAGACUACUACAAGAAGAGGCUCAUCCCUGAGAUCAUGCAGUCCACGUCCUUUCUGACCGCAAACGGAGGCCUGUACAUUGCCUUUUUCUGCUUGCUAAGGAGGCUGUUGGGUCGUUUCUACUCCUGGUCUGUAGGCUUUGGAGCUGCACUGCCUGCCUCAUACAUCGCUAUUCUGAUAGAACGCAAAAGCAGGAGAGGACUUCUAACAAUAUAUAUGGCAAAUUUGGCAACUGAAACAGUAUUCCGGAUGGCUGUUGCACGAGGCAUUGUUAGUCCUUUAAAACAUGGAGAGGUUUUACUCUUCUGCUUGACUGCAUCACUCUACAUGUUUUUCUUCAGAUGUAAAGAUGGACUUAAGGGCUUUGCUUUCUCAGCGUUAAAAUUUAUUGUAGGAAAGGAGGAGAUCCCCACACAUUCCUGCCUGGCUGAGACCACCAGUGCUUCUCGCUCAGAGAGGGCAGAGGUCCAGCCCAGCCCUCAGCCAGAGGAGGAACGGGUGUCGUCCCGAGGGGGGGCCAUCGCUGCCUUGACCCGCAGACUGCUAGACACUCUAUGCAAACAUGGACCUAGACAUAGAUGUUGCAGACACUACCAAGACAACUGCAUCUCCUACUGUGUUAAAGGCUUCAUCCGCAUGUUCAGCGUGGGCUACCUCAUCCAGUGCUGUUUGAAGGUUCCAUCCGCAUUUAGGCAGGUUUUCACCAAACCCUCUCGCCUUCUGUCGCUGCUCUACAACAAGGAGAACUUCCAGUUAGGAGCGUUCCUCGGCUCUUUUGUCAGUAUAUACAAGGGAACCAGUUGCUUCCUGAGGUGGGUGCGUAACCUUGAUGACGAGCUUCAUGCGCUCAUAGCAGGCUUCCUCGCUGGCUUGUCCAUGUUCUUCUAUAAGAGCACCACCAUCUCAAUGUACCUCUUCUCUAAGCUGGUGGAGACCAUGUACUUCAAAGGCAUCGAGGCCGGGCACUUCCCCUACUUCCCUCAAGCUGACACAGUAAUCUAUGCCGUCUCAACUGCUAUCUGCUUCCAAGCGGCGGUGAUGGAAGUGCAGAAUCUGCGGCCAUCAUACUGGAAGUUUCUGCUAAGGCUGACCAAGGGCAGGUUUGCUCUGAUGAACAGAAAAGUACUUGAUGUGUUCGGGACUGAUGCAUCUAGACACUUCAAAGACUUCACACCCAAACUGGACCCCAAAUACACGCUGUUUCCUCCAGGCAUGGACGUAGAGCUGAGCUAAUGGACCAGGCUGACUGCUGCCACCGUGAUGCUUACGCCACAUAACCAAAUUCUAGAGAGUUUGGUUUAUCUCUCACUUCUACCUUCGUACAAUGUGAGCGGCAUCGCCUUGGUUGAGAGCAUAGCGUUUCUGAUGUUGCACAGAAGCAGUAUUAUGUGUUCAUAUCUGCUCAUAACCCUUGGAAGUUAAUUGGAGUUCUUGGCAGACCUGAUAACUAUUGAAAUAUUUCUACAUUUUAUGGCUUGUUUACUUUUACGCCAGUAGGUGUAAAGCCUCAUCAUUCAGUCGAUACAAGCUGAUAGAAGGUGACUAUUAUAGUUAAAAUUCUGUAAAAUUGACAUGAUGCCUCAAUUGGCAGGGAGAAUGUAGAUGUGUUGAAUUAGAGAUUUACAAUUUUUUUUUAAUAAUCAACCAAGAACAGGACACACUUUUGAGCUCAGCCUCUGGCUGUUUGUUGGAACAGUUUGAACUUUUCUGAACUUUUAUUUGCUCUGUCGCGGUCUGUGACGGCGGUUACUGGACAACAGUAUCAGAUAUCUGACUGUCUGUGUGAAACCGGGUCUUGCUUACAUCAGGGUUUCCUUUGUUCUGUUUUUUUUUUUUUUAGUAGUUUCUUUACUGACAUUUUCAGUAGUGCACAAGUUUUACCCUAAUUUAAAAAAAAAACAACUGGUACUGCCCAAGAACUAAACUGAUUGAAGGGGUAUUUACAGACCUUUGGAGAGAAAACCAGGUAAUUUGGGGUGGAGGGAUGAUAAUUAAACACAUCAUAGACGCCGUUCUCAGUAGCACAGAUUUUAUUUAAAUUAGCAAUAAGCAUCUAGUGUAAAAUAAUAGUGAUAUAAUCAAAUUAUUGCUGUAUACAUGUAUGAAACUCUUUGUAAUUUAUGUAAAAAGAAAAAAAAGCAUAAUGUCUUUUGUUGAUGUUUCUAUAAGAGCAAAUGCUUUCUAUUAAAAAAACAUCUAAAAAUUUCAUGUGUAUUAAAGUGAUUUAACUUCA